AGGCAUCUUCUACAGAGGCCUGGGAAGCUGUGUGCCGGACAGCGCCGAGCCCACCAGACCCAGACUCACCUACAGCUGGAGAUCCCCACUUCCCUGUGCCCACAGAAUCUGCCCUUUGCAGUCUCCCAUCUCCCCAACCCAGGCCUUAGCCUGUCUCAUUUUUCUAUCAGAGGUGCUGGAAGAGCAGCAGAAUCAGGCCCAGCUCCCAAUUCCCUCUCCCCAGUCUUCUCCAGGUGUCCCCUCCCACGAGCACAUAGGAAAAGGACCACAUGGCCUGGCGAGCCCCACACCCACUGCUACUGCUGCUGCUGCUGUUCCCAGGCUCUCAGGCACGAUCCAAGGCUCAGGUACUUCGAAGUGUGGCAGGGCAGACGCUAACCGUGAGAUGCCAGUACCCGCCCACAGGCAGGCACUACGAGAAGAAAGGCUGGUGUAAGGAGGCUUCAGCACUUGUGUGCAUCAGGUUAGUCAUCAGCUCCAAGCCCAGGACGAUGGCUUGGACCUCUCGAUUCGCAAUCUGGGACGACCCUGAUGCUGGCUUCUUCACUGUCACCAUGACUGAUCUGAGAGAGGAAGACUCAGGACAUUACUGGUGUAGAAUCUACCGCCCUUCUGACAACUCUGUCUCUAAGUCCGUCAGAUUCUAUCUGGUGGUAUCUCCAGCCUUUGCCUCCACACAGGCCUCCUGGGCUCCCCGCGACCUGGUCUCCUCACAGACCCAGACCCAGAGCUGUGUGCCUCCCACUGGAGGAGCCAGACAAGCCCCUGAGUCUCCAUCUACCAUCACUGUCCCUUCACAGCCACAGAACUCCACGCUCCGCCCUGGCCCUGCAGCACCCAGUGCCCUGGUCCCUGUGCUCUGUGGACUCCUUGUAGCCAAGAGCCUGGUACUGUCAGCCCUGCUUGUCUGGUGGGGGGACAUAUGGUGGAAAACCCUGAUGGAACUCAGGAGCCCAGAUACCAAAAAAGCCACCCGCCACCUUCAACAGGUCACGGACCUUCCCUGGACCUCCGUUUCCUCACCUGUAGAGACAGAAUUAUUAUAUCACACUGGUUGUAAGGACUAAGAUAAGCAAUGAUGAUGAUGAACACACUUUGUGAAUAAUAAAAUUAUCUGAAUGUUUUA